UAUAGGGCAACGCAUAAACCAAACCAAACCAAAUCAAUCAUAUAUAUUCAUACUAAUCCUAUAUUUGAUCAAUGGCACCAGUGACAGUAGUGCGUGUGUUUGGGAAGCCAAUCACUGAUGGAAGUCGCGCCCAAAGGGCCCAAGCAGCUUUGAAGAACAUGAACGCCGAUGGAAAGUCCGACCAGGCGACGCAGUUUACAAAUGAGUUAAAGAAGACGACACCAGCCACUGUAAGCACCACAAUUGGCUGGGUUUACAAUGCCACCGGUGAUGAAGUGAAGUACGUGGGUGAAAAGAACUGGAGCGGAUCUGUCGUUGAGAAGUUCCCUGUAAGUAUCAUGAACGGCCAGUGGGCUGUUUUUCAACAUGUUGGCACCAAAGGCAAAGAUCGCCAAGGAUCAGUUGCUGCUGUUGUAUACGGCAUCGAGGAUUUUGCUGAUAUGAUGGUCGCUUGGAACAACCCUUGGAAAACUGCCACGGGAGGAAGUAACAACAGUGCUUACUGUGAGAUGAACGGCCCGGGAUACUUUGGUGAUUCAUAUGACUGGGAUGCAGCUAAACAAAAGUUGCUCAACUCUAAGACUGAAACCACAACAACUAUGAGUGGUUAUGGAACAAAAGUGAGCAUUAAAGCAGGUGGCAAUGCUCCGAUCUACACUGCCAUUUUCUAUAUUGAACCUUGAAACCUCCAAAUAUAAUAAUAAUAAUAAUAAUAAUAAUAAUAAUAAUAAUAAUAAUAGUAAACGACUUGGCUGUUCUGCUAUCAGCCACGUACGUACUUUGUUUUCUAGCUAGUUCUCCGUCGAUCGAAAAGAGAAUGAAAAAUGUAUGUGUGCUUUCUAUGUACCGAUAAGCCAAACUUAUUAGUAUCGAGUUUGUUGGCUUAUAUGAUGUUUCCAUAAAUAAAAAAAUAUAUCUUUCGUUGUCUUUGCUCUCACUCAAACUACAUAUAACUUAGCUGUACUGUGAU